AUGGAGUGCCUUAUACGAACGCCACGCUACGAAGCCCUCCGCAGGGAGAAGACCGUAUUCAUCGUUCUACCCACCGAUCAGAGCGAAUCCGACGCCGACGCGGGCCGAGCUCCGACGCAAAGAACUCGUACGCGCGACGCGCAGGGGCUCGUGAACUACUACGAGCCGGCGGACGAGGUGACGGAUCGAAUGUGGAGGGAGAAACUUGGGAGGUUCAUCUACGACCACGUCGUGAAGCCAGACAUGGCGCGGCAGGGCACCAGACCCCGAUCGAACCCCGACAAAGUCUACCUCGCCAAUUUCCCUGCGAACUACACGUUCUGGGUGCAGAAGAAGGGCCACCCACACGACCCCCGCAAGGAUCAUUACCUUUAUGGUAAGCCACUUCCCCGCACCAUAAUAUCACCACUCGAACCCGGCAGCCCCAGCAAAAUCCUUUCCAGGAGGCAGAAGACCUCCCUAGCCCCUUCGUCAAAGGCGAGUGCCGCCGCGCGGGACGUGCUUAUGAAGUUCGCGCGCACAAACACCCCAGCGGCGCUUGCACGCGCGCUACCUAGCUAUGCGGAGGAUCCCAACCUACUCCCGACGCAGAGAUUCGAGACCGAGGACUCGUAUAUCGCCCGUGAGGCAUUGCGGAUUACGAGGACACGCUGCUGCUGGGAGAUCAUCAGGGAGGGUUUUGUCCGGCGAGACGGAAUCGCGGCUUCGUCGAGCCCGCGGAAGAAGCGAAGCCGGCGUACAGCGAGAAGUAAAGAUGCUGACGAGGACGGUCAAGCAGGCGACGACAGCGAACCGCCUGCCUCUGUCAGCGAACACGCCUGGGGUGUUCUGGGAUGGAUCCUAACACUCUUCGAGCGUGAUGAGGCAGAUGUAGAACGCACUGGGCAGGUGCGCUAUUCGCCUCUGCUGCUCGAGCAGAUCUCGCCGUCCCGUGACGAGCGUGCCCCACGGUGGGAGCUCGACAUGCCGCUUGACGUUGCGUUCUGCGCCCUGCAGCAAGACGGCGAAGGCAGGCGGUCCCUGGGCGUCCGGCUCUUAGCUCUGCUCAUCAACCUGGGAUCAACAACGCUCCUCGACUUUCCCAUGUUCCUCAAUGCCGCCUCGACACGCGUCUCCGGACUGAGCAUCGCUGCGCUCGAGCACCUGUUCGCCGCCCUGCCCGUCACGCGUACCACGGCGCAGUUCAAGGUUCACUUGUGUAGGAACGCCCUCGGGGGCAGCUCCACUGCUGCAAAGGGACGCGCGAAGCCCCAGGCGCGUGCACGUCCCCCACCCCGGCGUCGCAUACGGGCGGAGGCGACUGAGGCCUCUGCAACCGCGGAUGCGGUGGCCGUUUCCCAGGACGCCUCGACGGGCGGACAGGAACCUGGAGUGGCUUCGGUCGCGCGCAAGUAUCCUGCCAUUUCGACAUCCGACGUGCUGGAGCUCCUCACGCGUCCGAGUUUCUCGGAUUUCGGGUCCGCAUUGCAGGGCCUGUGUUUCAAGUCAGAGCUCGUCGUCAACUAUGGUCUAGUGCAGCAACAGGCGACGGAGGGCGACAAAGACGCGGCGUGGCCAGCGUCAGUCCGUGACGGUGGGUUACUCAAGGCGGUGGAGGAGGCUUUCGAUUCGGAGACCAUCAACGGGGUGAUAGACGCAGAGGACCAGGCUUACGUCCAGCGACGCAGGGCCGCCCUGCUUGCGAUUAUUUCGGUGUGGCAGCUGUAG